GCUGAAGCCGCGAAAAUUGCGCGAAAUCCGCGGGAACUACCUCUUUGGCACCAUGGCGCAAAGUCGUGUUACCGAUUUCUAUGCAUGCCGUCGCCCGGGCCUUACUACUCCGAGGGCCAAGUCGACCUGUCUCACCCCGAGCCCUGGGGGGCUCGUGGCUCCUGAGUUCACCCGGAGCAGCAGCCGCAAGCGCGCCCGGCCCCCCGCCGAACCCGGGAGCGACCAGCCCGCGCCGCCCGCGCGCCGUAGGCUACGACUGCCUGGAUUGGACUCCUGCCCCAGUUCCCCAGCUGAUCCCAGCUCUCCAGCUGACCCUGGCUCCCCCGUUUGCCCAUCCCCCAUCAAGAGAACAAAGAAUGCCACUGUUUCUGGAGGUCAACAGCGGGGCAAGGUCGCCUCAGAGGACUCUAUCUCCGAGCUCCAGACCUGCCUGAGGCAGGCACGGAAGUUGGGAGCCCAGGCACGGGCCCUGAGAGCCAGAGUCCAAGAGAAUGUUGUGGAGCCUUGUACCCCAGAUGCCAAGGCGCCCACUGAGCAACCAUGUGUCGAGAAAGCUCCUGCCUACCAGCGCUUCCAUGCCCUGGCCCAGCCUGGUCUUCCAGGCCUCAUCCUACCAUACAAGUAUCAGGUGCUGGCUGAGAUGUUCCGCAGCAUGGACACCAUCGUGAGCAUGCUUCACAAUCGCUCUGAGACUGUGACCUUUGCCAAAGUCAAGCAAGGCGUCCAGGAGAUGAUGCGCAAGCGCUUUGAAGAGCGAAAUAUGGGCCAGAUCAAAACCGUGUAUCCAGCUUCAUAUUGCUUCCGCCAGGAGUGCAAUGUCCCCACCUUCAAGGACAGCAUCAAGAGAUCCGACUACCAACUCACCAUCGAGCCCUUGCUGGGCCAGGAGGCUGGUGGUGCCACUCAGCUCACAGCCACGCGCCUCCUGCAGCGCCGGCAAGUCUUCCGGCAGAACCUGGUGGACCGCGUCAAGGAGCAUCACAAGGCCUUUCUGGCUUCGUUAAACCCCCCCAUGACGGUGUCAGAUGACCAGCUGACACGCUGGCACCCGCGCUUCAAUGUGGAUGAGGUGCCUGAUAUUGAACCAGCUGAAUUGCCCCAGCCUCCCGUCACAGAGAAGCUCACCACUGCCCAGGAGGUAUUGGCCCGUGCCCGGAGCUUGAUAACACCCAAGAUGGAAAAGGCCCUGAGUAACCUGGCCCUGCGCUCGGCUGAGCCCAGUAGCCCUGGAACCUCUACUCCAGCACUCCCGGCCACUCCACCAGCCACCCCACCUGCUGCCUCUCCGAGUGCCCUGAAGGGUGUGUCACAAGCACUGCUGGAGCGGAUAAGGGCCAAGGAGGUCCAGAAGCAACUGGCAAGGAUGACGAGGUGCCCCGAGCAGGAGCUUCGGCUGCAGCGGUUAGAACGUUUGCCAGAGCUGGCCCGAGUGCUACGCAGUGUCUUUGUGUCUGAGCGGAAGCCGGCACUCACUAUGGAGGUGGUCUGUGCAAGGAUGGUGGACAGUUACCAAGCUGCCCUGAGCCCAGGGGAGAUGGAGAAACACCUGUUGCUCUUGGCCGAGUUGCUGCCAGACUGGCUCAGCCUGCAUCGAAUUCGCACGGAUACCUACGUCAAGCUGGACAAAGCUGCUGACCUGGCUGGCCUCACUGCAAGGCUGGCCCACCAUGUCCACUCCGAGGGGCCGUGACUCUGAAUUCCUUGCCCGAUGGCCUGUUUCUUUUAUCAGUACACAACACACUUAAGCCUUGCCAGGAUGGGCAGCUAUCCGUGCCCAUGGAUCUCAAAAAGUCACCUGAGGUUCCUGAGGCUUUGGGGUACCCCAGAUUCAGUUCUGGGAGAAGUAGACUCUGGAGAGUAGGGUAUAUUGGAUGGCCAUUCCACAGACUACUCAAGCACUAGGUAUGGUCAAGACCCAAGGUCAAGGUCCAGAUGGAAGCCUCCGCUGGCAUAGCUCACCCCUCUGUGCUUCAGAAAGCUGCAAGAGCAGCCUUAAGAAUCACAGACUGAUUUCACAGGACAAUGAUCUGAGAGUGAAAUUGGGGCCUUCUGUAAAUAUGUGAAGUUUGGUUUCUUUUUAAACCUAUACUUUAUGGCCCUGCAUGUGACUGCUAGUUUUGGCUUUUAAUAAAGUCAUGUAAGAUUUAAAUAAAAUACUACUGACAU